AUGAUACUGACUCUGUCGUUCCCCUGUCCUUCUCUAGGGGACGAUGGGGCAUGCGAAUCUGACGAAUCAUGCACUCCUGGCACGGAUGGCUACAUCUGCAGCACCAGUAAGAACUCGUGCUUCGACCCAGAGUAUGACCUCUACGGAUGCGAGCCUGGCAGCACCCAAAUCGAUCUCGAUAACUGCGGAAUCGGGGACGAAGAUUUGGAGGACCUCCGGGAAUGCUUCGAAAACGUCGGACGCGCAUCGGUCACAUACAUCGCAAUGAAUUCGAACAGUUUGACGGAGCUGCCGGGAGGUGAAAACGGGCUUUUCGCUGGGUUCGAGAGCCUAAAAACUUUAGGGCUCGUUCAAAAUAACAUCAAGACGCUGUAUGCGGACAGCUUCGAAGGCCUGGGGGGGUCACUGACUUCGCUCUAUUUAUAUCAAAACCAAUUGACGACGAUCCCCGUGGGCUCCUUCGACAACCUCGCUGGGCUAUAUCGGUUGGCACUCUACGAUAAUGAUUUGGCGUGGAUACCUGCGGGGGUGUUUCGCGGCUUGGGGGAGCUCCGCCAGUUGUA